AUGAAACUUUCUCUGCUCUCUCUGGCAACCCUGGUCGGAGCCGCCGUUGCGGAUCUGGACCCGAUUGUUAUCAAGGGCUCUAAAUUCUUCUACUCCAGCAACAACACUCAAUUUUAUCUUCGCGGUGUUGCCUAUCAGCAGGAUACUACCUCCAGCACUGGCUACAAGGAUCCGCUGGCAGAUGCCGCAGCUUGCAAGCGAGAUGUCCCUAUUAUGGCGGAGUUGCGCACCAACGUGAUUCGUACCUACUCCAUCGAUGCCACUGCUGAUCACUCCGAGUGUAUGAAGCUUCUGGCAGAGGCCGGCAUAUAUGUCAUUUCCGAUCUGUCCUCCCCGUCGGAGUCCAUUGACCGCAACGAUCCUGAAUGGCAGACUGCCCUCUACUCUCGCUACACCAGUGUGAUCGACGAGCUGUCUCAGUACAACAAUACUAUCGGUUUCUUCGCCGGCAACGAGGUCGCGAACUCCGUUUCUAUGACAGAUGGUAGCGCCUUUGUCAAAGCUGCCGUCCGUGACAUGAAGAAGUACAUUAAAGAAAAGGGCUACCGAUCUAUGGGUGUUGGAUACGCUACCGCUGACGUCUCGGCUAUUCGGGAGGAUCUUGGUAACUACUUCGACUGCGACACCGAUGAGCUGUCCGUGGACUUCUGGGGCUACAACAUCUACUCCUGGUGUGGUAACUCCACCUAUGAGGAAUCAGGAUACAAGGCUCGCACCGAGGAGUUCCGCAACUACACUGUUCCCGUUUUCUUCGCUGAAUACGGCUGCAAUGACGUUACUCCACGCCAGUUUACUGAGGUCACUGCCCUCUACGGCGACACUAUGGCUGAAGUCUGGUCGGGCGGUAUUGUCUACAUGUAUUUCCAGGAGACCAACAACUACGGACUCGUCUCAGUCGUUGACAGCACCAGUGUCAGCAAGAUGACGGAUUUCACUUCUUACUCCGAGCACAUCGCCACCGCGAAUCCCACCGGUACUAACAAGGCUUCUUACACACCGACCAACACCGCUCUGCAGAGCUGCCCCACGGUUGGCUCCGACUGGAGAGCGAAGGCCUCCCCCUUGCCCCCAACUCCGGACCUUGACCUGUGCGGCUGCAUCUAUGAUGCAUCCGCCUGUGUCCCAAAGUCCAGCCUGAGCGAUACCAAGCUCGGAACGCUUUUGGGUACUGUUUGCGGCUACACUGACUGCGGUGGCGUGGAUGCCAACGGCACUACGGGAGUGUACGGUGCUUACAGCAUGUGUCCUGUCAAGGACCAGCUCGCGUUUGCCUUGAACAAGUACUACAACGAGCAGGACAAAGCGGAGAGUGCCUGCACUUUUGGCGGUUCCGCGAGCACUAAAGCCACCACCAAGGCCACCGGUACCUGCUCCGCUCAGAUCAAGGAGGCUGGUACUGCCGGUACCGGCACUGUCACCACCGAGGCUACUGCUACUGCCGGCUCCAGCUCCUCCUCUAGCACUUCGACUGCGUCUACCGGUGCUGGUCCUAAGACUAUCCACUCUAGCGUGAGCUUUGGCUCCAUUGAGAUUGCCGCCUACUCGGCUUUGGCUCUUUUCUCUGGUCUGGGCAUGCUUCUCUUGAUCAUCUUCAAGAACCACCAGCGGGCAAUCAGCGCCAAGGUCAUUCAGCUCUAG